AUGCAAUUUAAGACUAUUGUUGCCGCUUUCGCUACUGUUGCCGCUGUUCAAGCUGCUAACGCUACUAACCAAUCUACCAAUGCUACCAAUGCUACAAACGGUUCUAACGGUUCUAACGGAAGCACCACCAGAAUCUCUACCGGUGCUGCUUCCUCUAAUACUUUGAGUGCUGGUAUCUUCGGUGCUGCUGUUGCUGCUGGUGUCGCUUUCUUAUUCUAA